AUGAUAUCUCCACAUCCAGACAGGCUUGACGUUGUGGAACUGAUUGAAAGGAGUGCCAGACAACUUUCCAUGCCCACAGCCAAGUUGCCAAAGUUCACUGUUACUGAUGACUUCAACAAGUACUUCGAGGAGAACUGCAGAGUCCUCAUGGCCUUGAAUGAAGUAAUGCGCAUAUCCGCCAUCUGGAGUGCCAUGACACCGGAGGCUCAGAAGUCUCUUGGCUUGGACAUCCGUGUUACCAACUGGAACAAGUUCUCCAGCGCAAUGAUCAAUCGCUUCGCUUCCCACAAACCACGCACUGAGUUGGUGAGGGAAUUGACAAACUUGCGUUACACUGGUGAUACCGAUGUCUCUGCCUUCACCGAGAAGUUCAGGAAGGCCUGUGCAGCUGUCGAGUCAUCGGGCGUCAAGGACCUCAAGACGUUCAAGACCGUCAUGUUCACUUCCGCCUUCCCUGCUUCUGUCCGUAGCAAUUUGCCAAGUGACCUGUAUCUCAAUGGCAGGGCUCCUAUUCAUCGGAUAUAG